GAAGCAGUUCCUGGGAGGGCGAAGGGGAAGGCCGGAGGGCCGGAGGGGCCGUGUCGGGGCAACCGCCAUGUCCCGGCGGCAGCUACGGACGGCGCUCAUCUUCGGCGGGUUUGUGAGCCUCCUGGGCGCCGUGUUUUACCCCAUCUACUUCCGGCCCUUGAGCCGCCUGGAGGAUUACCGGAAGGAACAGGCCAUAAAUCGGGCUGGGAUUGUCCAAGCGGAUGUACAGCCACCAGGACUGAAGGUGUGGUCGGACCCCUUUGGGAGGAAGUGACCAGCCGGACGGCCACUGCCUUCCUCGGGAGAUGCCUUCCUGCCCUGACGCCCCACCGUUCUCUCUGCUGAUUGAUGGCUGGAGGAGAGGGAACCGAAUAAUGAGGAGAAGAAGAUGAGAGCACUUUGCCUAAGAGCCAUUAAAUGUUGCUGUUCCUUCUGGGGUCACCCUAGGGUCGGGUUUUUUCCCCUUAGGUAUCAGAGAGCACCAGAACCAGUGACACUACCAGGAAAGCUCAGAGGGUGACUUCCGUUGAGUUUCUGGAGCGAAGCCCCCUCUGGGCGGGCAGGAGGAGACGUACUUACCGUCAUUUCAUCCUUAAGGCAGUCAAGUGGAGACCGUAAGCCGAGCGAAGAGUCCGUGGACCCGGGUGGACUCCUGAACCGGGCUGUGCUUUUCCCUCUUUCGAGUGGGAAUCGCCGAGCCGAACUGCGUUCCCGGCACGGUGGGAGGACGCCGAUUAAAGCCCUUUGGGGACAGAGUACUUCGUACAGUCCGAGGGGAACCGAUUACGUUGACGGCUGCUCAGUCUUUAUUUUAUGUGACGGUAAAUCCGGAGGAGAGAAACCCGGGACCCUAGGUGGCCGCAGAGUAAAUGAAUGCCUCAUUAAUGGGAUAACUAUGAAUGUAGAUAUUAAAAGCAUUUGUUUACCUUGA